UUCAAUUCUUCGGCUUCUCUCUCCAUUCAGCAUCUCUCCUUUCUUUCUCUUUUCCCUUUCGCUCUUUAUUUGAUGUGAUUCUCCACUAACAUCUUAACACAGACGCAACCAAAAACCCUUUUACAAGAAGAAAAUCAAAGAUCGGGAGAGUCAUGGUUUUUACCUCCAUCCCAGCUUAUCUUGAUCCUGCCCACUGGCAACAACAGCUUACAAAUAAUCAUCAAGCCGUUCCCGGUAGCAGUCCGAGAUCUCAUCAGCUUCCUCCUCCUCCUGGACCUCCACAACCACCAGCAGCAGCUCCACAACCGAUUGGAGGAGAUGGAGCGGGCUCGAUCCGGCCUGGUUCGAUGACCGAUCGAGCUCGUUUGGCGAAUAUACCGAUGCCGGAAGCCGCAUUAAAAUGCCCGAGAUGUGAGUCGACAAACACGAAAUUCUGCUACUUCAACAACUACAAUCUCACACAGCCUCGUUACUUUUGCAAAGCUUGUAAAAGGUACUGGACUAGAGGUGGUGCCUUAAGAAAUGUUCCGGUAGGCGGUGGAUGCCGUAGGAACAAAAGAAACAAAGGAAGUAGCUCAAAAUCGGCCGUCACUGAUGACCGGAAAACGGCUUCUAGUUCAUCAAGUACAAUUUCUUCAAAAAGCAUAGCAAGCACUGAUAUUUUAGGACUUGGACCUCAAGUUCCUCAACCGAGGUUCAUGCCUCCUUUGCAGCACCUUACCGGCUUUGGGUUGAAUUACGAUACAAUUUCAGCUCCACUUGGAGUGCCCAGCGACUUAAGUUUACAAAUCGGAAGUCCUUGGAAUGCGGAUGCCACCAGUUUCGAUCAGUGGAGGCUACAGCAAGCGCCGCAAUUUCCCUUCCUUGGAGGCUUGGAAUUUUCCGGUCUAUAUCAAUUUGAAACCGCAGGUGAUGAGCCGCCAUCGGGAUACGGUGUCGGAGCAGGACAUCAGGCUCGGCCUAAUAUAUCAAGCUCAGCACCACCAACACAGAUGGCUCCGUUGAAAAUGGACGGCCAUAAUAACCAGCAAGAGUUGAACUUUUCAAGGCAAUUUCUGGGUGUUCCGGGAAAUGAUCAUCAGUACUGGGGUGGAACUGCAUGGACAGAUGUUUCCAGUUUCAGGUCGUCAUCCACCAGCAAUCCCUAAUAGGUUAUGAAUUAGAUCCGGCCAUCUAACACUCUCUCAUUUUUAAGCUUGGGUCUUUUUGUUAGUGUAGUUUCUGUAAAACAAAAAUUAACCAUGAUCAAGGGCUUAUGAUUCCUCGGAUACAAAAUCGACUGAAACCCUAGCAUUGGUAGGCUUUCUUUCUCUUUCUAAAUUGGCGUAUUUUAAUUAUCAAUAUGUUUUCUCUUCAAAUACCGAGUGUAUCACACAUAUAGAGCUUGUAUUGAUUACAUGAA